AUGAAGUUUGGCCGGAAUCUUCCUCGAAACCAAGUCCCGGAAUGGGCAUCCUCCUACAUAAACUACAAAGUGCUCAAGAAGCUCAUCAAGGCCGCUGCCGGGGCAGAGAAGCAAGAUGGAGAAAUUCCCGAUCUGGCUGGAUUCUUCUACACCUUGGACCGCAAUCUCGAGGACGUGGAUCACUUCUACAACAAGAAGUUCCAGGACUUUUCACGACGUCUGAAGCUUCUCGAAGACAGGUACGGAAUCUCCCCUCAGACUGCGACGCAGCUCGAUGCGGAUGAACGCGAAGACCUUUUGGCGGCCCUUCUGGAACUGCGCGGCGACCUGAGAAAGCUACAAUGGUACGGCGAAGUCAACAGAAGAGGCUUUGUCAAGAUCACAAAGAAGUUGGACAAAAGGAUACCCGGCGCCCAUGCACAGAAGAAAUACCUCGAGCUGAAGGUCGACCCGACGGCCUUUGCGACAAACACCCAACUUUUUGCCGCAUUGAACAAAAUCAAUGAUUGGAUCUCUGUGCUGAGUGAGGUUGCCGCAGCAGCUCCGAGCACGGCCGACGACGUUGCUUCCAUCUCAUCGGGGUCAUUGAAGCGCACAACUUCUCGGCCUUCAUUGGAUAUUUCUUCGGAGCAAUUGGCCAAAGUGGAAACGAAGAUCCGUCAAGAUGAUUCGGACAGCCUGGCAGAAUGGAUCAUGGGUAUAACGAAAUCAGGAACGGAAAACUCGGAGGUGGCGAUGCAAGUGCUGCUGAACAACCUUCUCCAGAGAGCAAUUUUAUCUCGGAGUCGGGCUUGCACUGCGUGCCUGCUGCGCGAGAUUGUCUUUCUGGAUGCUCAAGACGAUAUCAACCGCCGUAAUUGCAUUCACCGUUUUAUAGUUUCGGUCGGCCGCAAACAGGCGCAUGCGAGUCAGGAGCCCACCACCGAGCCCCAGGCCGACGCUGAAACCGAUCUCCCCAACUUCAUCACACCUGCGGCUCAUCCGUCCCCCGCUUUAAAGCGCUCGAUCGUGCAGGAAGAUCAACGGGUGCAAAAUGUGACGCGUGAUGACGAGGCGGUCCUGUUUCUCCAGUUCAUACUCGACAACUUGAAGUCUUCGCAACGGCCUGCUUUGUUGGCAAGAGACAAUGCGGGAAGGACGCCUCUGCACUUUGCCGCUGAGUACGGCAUCAGGGUCAUGUGUGAGAUUAUCAUUGAGCACCUCAAAACGUGGAGACUGUUCGAUGUCGUGGAUGGCAUGGACGGCCCCAAAUGGCAGGAUGAUGAGGGAUGGGCACCCCUACAUCUCAGUGCCAUCGGCGGGCAUCCCCUGACAACCAAAGCUUUACUCGACGCCGAGAAGAGCAUGGGUUCCUCGGUCAAGAGGAGAUCAGCCAAGUCGUCGAUUGUUUUGGCUAUGGCGACCAAAGCAAACUUCGUCGAGAUCGUCCGCCUUCUUAUUCAAGCAGGUGUGGACAUCAAUUACCAAGAUGAGCAGGGCGACACGGCGCUACAUGUGGCUGCGAGAUUCGGCCACGUGGAAUGCGCGAGAUUACUGCUCAAAGGUACAGACGAGCAGAAAGCCAAUAUUGAGCUUCCUGAAAAGGCUUACGGAUGGACGCCAUUGUUCAUUGCUUGUGUCGACGGCCAUCUCCCGGUCGUGGAGUUGCUCAUCGACCAUGGAGCUGAUCUCGAGCGUCUGGAUUUGUCGGGCUGGAAUGCAAAGGAGCACGCAGCUUUGAGAGGCCAUAUCGACAUAGCACAGAAGCUCGACAGCGUUAUGCCUCAACCGGACGCCGAUCCAGAUGUCUCCGUGGCCUCAGCAUCUCCCCCGUUAUUGUCAUCACUAACGGAACGAAAUUCCAAUGGUCUGGGGUCGAAUGGUCAAACGGUCAAGACCACUGAGGCAGUCAAGACUUUUGGUCAUCGAUAUCUGACAGACAAGAGUAUGAUCUUGGUCAGUCUUGGAACCAUGGAUACUCGCAAAAACAUUCGUGCAGUGAAUCUUGAUCGCAUCCCACUGUCGAGCGCCCACUCGACACAGCUCGAUACCGCCCUUUCCAUCGUCGUCUCAGCCAAAGCGGCCGAGGGCGAACCCGAAGUCAUCGACCUCCCAGUCCAGGACAAUAUUUCGACAGAGCCAAUCGUCUUUCACACCACGGAUCCGUCCAAAGUCAAACUGUACUUUGACCUGAUUCCGACGUAUGCCGGUUCUCAAGAACGCGUGGUCGGACGCGGCGUUGCCCUGCUGUCAAGCAUCAAGUCGAGCGUGGGAACCAAAAGGAUGUCGCUGCAAGGUGAUGUGACGGUUCCCAUCGUUGCGGCGAGCGAUCUUGAGGUCAUUGGUUCCGUCACCUUCAACUUUCUAGUCAUCACACCUUUCAAACAUCCCAAUAUGUCAGUCACAGAAAACCAGACGUACUGGAGGAGUAUGGCGUCGACCAUGCUCAUUGGCCAUCGUGGCCUGGGCAAGAAUUUCGCCGCCGGUAGAAGAUCUCUACAGCUCGGUGAGAACACCAUUCAAUCCUUCAUCGCCGCCGCAAACCUCGGCGCUUCGUACGUCGAGUUUGACGUGCAACUCACCAAAGACCACGUCCCUGUCAUCUAUCAUGACUUCCUCGUCAGCGAAACAGGUAUCGACGCCCCCGUGCAUACUCUCACCCUCGAACAAUUUCUCCACGUCAAUGACAUGCGAACGCCCCGUCAUUCCAGACCCGCCUCACCUGUGCCAUUUGAAAAACCGAAAGCAGCCAGUCUCAAGAACGUCGAACGAGACCUGCGAACGUCCAGAUUGAGAUCCAUGUCUGUGAGCGGAGCGACUAGCAACGAGUCUCUCGAGAUGGACGAGCGGAUGAAACACACCCGCGACUUCAAGAAAAAAGGCUUCAAGGGCAACACACGAGGCAACCAUAUUCAAGCGCCCUUUGCCACUCUCGAAGAGAUGUUCAAGAAGAUUCCACAGGAUGUGGGUUUCAAUAUCGAGAUGAAAUAUCCUAUGCUGUACGAAAGCGAGGAUGAGGAAAUGGACACGUAUGCCGUGGAACUGAAUUCGUUUGUCGACACGGUCCUGGGCAAGGUGUAUGACAUGGGCAAGGGCAGGAACAUCAUAUUCUCGAGUUUCAACCCUGACGUAUGUCUUUUGCUGUCGUUCAAGCAGCCCAGCAUUCCCGUCCUGUUUCUGACAGAUUCUGGCACGAGUCCUGCGGGCGAUAUCCGCGCCACUUCGCUGCAAGAAGCCAUUCGCUUUGCGAGUCGCUGGAAUCUGCUGGGUGUGGUAAGUGCUGCCGAACCGCUGGUCGCCGCGCCCAGACUGGUCAGGGUGGUGAAGGAAAGCGGGCUUGUAUGCGUGAGCUAUGGGACACUGAACAACGACAGUGCGAUGGUGAGAAGACAGGUGAGGCAGGGGAUCGAUGCGGUUAUUGUGGACAAUGUGCUUGCUAUCAGGAGAGGUCUGACUGAGGAUGUGGCCAAAAUCAGUGGCACCAGCACUCCUAAUUCCGGAGUGAAGACUACCGGAGAGCAAGGUGGGAACGGCGCUGGUGAGUUGAAGAAGCUGUUGGGUGGCGUGGACACUCUGAAGCUUCAUGAUGCUGUCCAGGCAGCAAAGGUUGGUGCUAAGCAAACGCCUGCUCAAAAUGGCGACGGUGACGUGGACAGUCUCGUCAAUGGACAGAAGACAAGAUGA